AUGGCUGAACCUUUGGCCGUCGACGUAGUUGACAGCGCCCUGAAAUACACAUCUCACGCAGGCGUUGAGUGUUUGAUUGACUUCAAUGACAUUCUCUGCGUGUUGUCCAAUCAUGUACCCACGUAUAGUGUGCUGUUCUUCCAGAAAACCGAACUGGAUGGCGACAAGUCUGAGGACUUUUCCUUAAAAAAGAUCGAUAUCGAGUCCCUGCCUGCAGCACUAUCUCCUUUUGUGAUCAAGAUUCCUAGCCACCUUCGACAAGAAGAUGAGCCACCUAUCGUCCAGGUUGUGGUAUCUACUGGAUCAGGAACGGGGAAAGCGAAGACAAUCUUUCAAGAUGUUGUACGGCCCCUUCUCACAUAUAUUGGUCUGGAGAAUUACGAGCUCUACGAAACACAGUCUGCGCAAACUAUCGUCGAGCUUGCACGAUCGAAAUUCCUGGAGCGGGCUCAUAAUGGCGUUCCUCAGACCAUCAUCCUUCUUUCUGGCGACGGGGGUCUCAUCGAUAUUCUCGAGAUUUUCUACAAAUCCAAUAUGGCGAUUGGGGUAUCUCCCAAUAUUGUGUUGAUUCCUUGUGGGACAGGGAAUGCCAUGGCAAAUUCUAUCGGGUUACGAUCUGGUCCGGUCCCGGGUCUUUCAACACUACUUCGAGGCAGUCCAUCUUCCAUACCGGUCUUUGCUGCCAAAUUUUCACCUGGCAGUCGGCUGGUCACCGACGAAGGUCGCCAGCGAGCCGAUAUCGACACCGAUGUUCACCACACAUUAUACGGGGCCGUUGUUGCGAGCUGGGGGCUCCAUGCUGCAUUAGUUGCGGACAGCGAUACAUUCGAAUACCGCAAAUUUGGAGUCGAUCGUUUCAAGAUGGCCGCAAAUGAGCUACUUCAUCCCUCGGAUGGCACUCCGCCUCACCAAUUCAAAGGCAAAAUCACAUUAACAACCUCGAAUGGCCCGAACGAGACACGUUCCCAAAAAGCAGUGGAAGGACCUGAGCACAUGUAUGCGCUUGCUACACUCGUUCCACGACUUGAGAAGGAGUUCUUGAUUUCCCCAGACUCAGUGCCCCUGGAUGGGCAGAUGAGGUUCAUCCGCUUCGGUCCUAUGUCGGCGGAAGACGCGAUGCAGUUGAUGACUCUAGCCUACCAGGGCGGUCGACAUGUGAUGGAAGAUACGGUCACCUAUGCCAACACUGAGCAAGUUCGAAUCGAUUUUCAGGAAGACGAGGAGAGGUGGCGACGUGUUUGUAUUGAUGGAAAGAUCGUCGCUGUCGAAAGAGAUGGUUGGGUGGAAAUUUGUAAAGAACCUAGCCGUUUGCUGAACUUGAUUAAUUAG